AUGGCGGACAGAAUCGAGAAGAUCAUAGUCGGCGUUGAUUACGGAACUACAUUCACUGGCGCGAGUUUCGUUAGCACUCAGGCCCGAGGCAUCGAUGACAUUGUCCUCAUUCAUUCAUGGCCUGGAGAGGCUAAACACCAUGAAGUUGUACUCAAGACCCCCUCUCGAAUCGCCUAUGAUGGUGCCGGUAACCGCCGCUGGGGAUUCCAAGUCAAGCCAGGAAUGAACUCAUAUUCGUGGACCAAGUUGCUGCUGGACACCGGAAGUCGCCUCACCAACUACGACGCUGACCUUGAGGGCGCAACGGCGCUGGGAAUGUUUAGACUGCCUGAGGACAAAGAUGCUGUCGAGGUGGCUGGUGACUUUCUCUCUGGGGUCUACAGGCAUAUACUUAGAUGUAUUGCCCAGCAAAGAACCGAAGAAGCCCUGAGCAUCACACCGCUUGAGUUUUGGUUUACGGUUCCUGCUAUCUGGUCCGACGAGGCAAAGCAUGCCACUCUGGAAGCUGCUCGAUGUGCGGGUUUUGGCUCUCGCAGGGGGCGUGUUCAGGACACAAUCUGCUUGAUUCCGGAACCUGAGGCGGCUGCAAUUGCGGUGCUUAGAAGAGCAACUGCUGAUGGAUUAGGGUUCCUAGUCAAGCCUGAUGACGGGGUGCUUAUCUGCGAUUGUGGUGGAGGGACCGUGGAUAUUACCACAUACCUCGUCAAAGAAGUGUGGCCCACACUCAAGUUUGAAGAACUCUGCACGGGAAUCGGAGCAAAAUGUGGCUCGACUGCGAUUGAUCGCAAGUUCUACAAUCUUAUGGGCCGCCUAUUCGGUAAAGCGUUCACCGAUUUCCCACGCAGCAAGACUGCUCCCGGUAGCGAGUUCAUGAACAAAUUCGAAGUCAUCAAACGCGACUUUGGAUACGACUCCGAGAACACCACGCACGAACUGUCUCUCAACAUCAAACCCGUGGCUCCGGACCCCGCAUACUUCAACGCGGACGAGAACGUAGUAGUAAUCUCAGAUGAGGACCUUCGGGGCUUUUUCGAUCCAGUUAUAGAGAAGAUCCUGGCAUUGGUUCAUCAACAGAUCAACGCCGCCAACCGACAAGCUGGCCGAGACGCAAUCAACAGGAUUAUUCUUGUUGGGGGCUUCGGGAACUCCGAGUACUUACGAACUGCAUUUCGGAACUCAUUCGAUCCAGCAGGGAAUAUUGCAGUCACCGUGCCCAACAAUGCACAAGCUGCUAUCGUGCAAGGAGCGGCAUUACGAGGUCUGGAAGGUCUUCAAGCUCUCAAUAGACGGUGCCGUCGUCAUUAUGGUUUUGAAUCAAUCCGUCCCUUCAGAAAAGGGUUUGAUGAUGAGCAAAACGCCUUCAUCCAUAGAUAUUAUGGCACGAAAUAUGUUGGGGGGCACAUGACCUGGGUUGUUGGAAAGGGCCAGAUUCUUGGAGAUAACUUCACGAGCGAUCAUAGACGUUAUCGCACGUUGGAUGAGGAUGAUGACAUGUCAUACUUCAAAACGAUCUACUCAUGCGACAGCGAUAUAGCGCCAUCCAGGCGAGACCAUGAUGACGUGCGCAAAGUGGGUAAAGUUCAUAUCGAUCUUGAGGAUGUCGACAUUACUCAAUUCCCGUGGAAUGAUUACAUGGGCGAGCGUGUUUACCACGUCAAGUACGACUGGAAAAUGAUAUUCGGGGCAAGGGAAGGCGUUCUCAAGUUCGAGGCCUAUGUGGAUGGCCAGGCUGUCGGCAAGACAUCCAUCGAUUUCAACAAGGAACCCCGUUGGUGA